UUCACGACAGCGCUAGUAUUUCAGCGCGGACACUUGGAGGCGCCCACAAGCUGUUCUGUGACAAUUGAUGGACCGAUUUGGGGAAGAUGGACUUUGAUAAACCACGGCCACACAAUUAGGCUGAUGAAUUCUUCUGUGUUCUAAGCUCCUUGUAUGCCUCAUCCCAGUCUACCGUUGCGGACUCCUUGUAAGCUAAAGCUUUUUUUAUUAUCAGGGACAAUGGCAGCGGUAACAAGUCCGGAAACGACACCUCAGCCCCGGGUUUAUUUUCAAACACCUCCCGGUACCGAAGAAGAAGUGCCACAGAAGCAAGGACGAGUGACCGUAAAAUAUGACAGAAAAGAGCUGAGGAGGCGACUGAAUUUGGAGGAGUGGAUAGUUAGCCAGUUAAUGAAUCUGUACGACUGCGAGGAGGAUGAGGUGCCUGAGCUGGAAAUAGAUGUGGAUGAGCUGCUGGAUCUGCCCAGUGAUGUUGAGAGAGCCAUUCGAGUGAAGAUGCUGCUGGUCGACUGUUAUAAGCCUAAUGAUGAUUUCGUAGCGGCGUUGCUGGAGAAGGUCAGAGGGAUGCAGAAACUCAGCACCCCCCAGAAGAAAGGGGAGCUGACGCCAUGAGGUCACCACAGCUCCUCCCACCACCACAAAACCAACCUGUCACUCCAAACCCAGAGGAGAGAUGCAGGCAUGCAGACCCAACCACUAAACCACAGCGUCUGUCAAAUGGAGAUCAACGAUACGAGUUCAGCCAAGCCAAUCUCAGCUGCAGGUUGAACACCCCAAACUGUUUUUACUUCGUCUUAGUACUGUUUCAGCAUAUAUUACAUGUAGAGAGUGUGGUAGUGUCCCUUUAGCUUAAAACUCCCGUGGUGAUUUAGGGAAAGGAAUCGAAUGGUUGAUGUUACAGUUACAUUGUUCACUAAUACACUUUUUUCAGCCACGUAACUUGGCCCGAUGUGUCCGUCUGUAAUCGAGUAGGAAAUUAGAACAAAGCUGAUUUCUUUUCACCCUCCUUUUUUGUCAGUCUCUCACAUAUGCUGUCUUUCGUAAGGGCGGAAUAAUUUUUUGCAGGGCAGAAAAUAGUAGUUUUUAGAUGUGGGGUUUCAGAUUUUGGGGUGUGUUGAUGUAAUGCGGGAAGAGGGAGGGGGGAUGAGAAUUGUGAACUUGUGUUUUGUAAGCCAUUUUUAAUCUACCAUUUUAGGGAAAAAAUGACAGGUCUGUGUUUAGUACUACUGCUUUUAGAAAUCAUUUGACUGAGGAAAAUUAAACUAGUUUGAGGAUGACGAG